AUGGCGUCCCCAUCCCCAUCCCCGCACAACAACAACCUCCCCUCCCCCGCAUCCUCCUCAUCCUCCCCAGCGCCGCAUCCCUCAUCCGCACCCGCGCCCGUCACCACCCCGGCAACGCCGGCCUCCAUCCCCCAGACCCUCUGGCGCCUCCGCGUGCCCCUGCACAUAACCCACCCGUCCCGGCCCAACACGCCCUUCGUCGCCAGCGUCCCGCGCUUCUCCUACCUCGCGCUGCUCCUGCCGCGCCUGCGCGCCUUCUUCGGCGCCGACGACUGCUCCAGCUUCCACCACGAGGAGGUCCAGCUGCGCAACCUGCCCGUCGGCCUGCUGGUCGACAUGCACCGCCCGCAGCUGCCCUGGCGGCUCGUCGUCGGCGACGGGGACGAGUGGCACAUUGGCGACACGUUCCUCAACGGGGCCAAGGAGGCGGACUUCGUGCGCAACGGCAACGCAAAGCAGAUCAUGGGCAUGUCCAAGGAGGACACCACUGCUCUGUGGAACGCCGUGCAGGAUAACGACCACGCCUCCUUCGCCCGCAUAAACACACGCCUGCUCAACGCGCCCACGGCGCUCAAGCACAUCCCGCUCCGGAUCUACAUCCCCUCCCCGGCCCCGCCCACCGACGGCGGCGGCACGACCUCCCCAGCGACAGCCGGCGAGUUCAAGGUGAUGCAGGUCCUCGUCCCGCCGCGCGUGGCCGCCAACAACCGUAAGCCUCCCUCCUUGUUGCCAUUCUGUUUAUCCAUCCCUUCCUCCGUAAAUCUCCUAAUCAUUGCUGAUGCAAGAGGAACGAACGUAUGUGACGAAAACAGGCAACCAGCAGCAGCCGCAGACGCUGGGCCCGGCCCUCAAGACCCUCCUGCCGGCGCUGUUCCCCAGCAGCCGCGACCCCGUGCUGGCCGGCGUCGUCAUGCACGGGGCGCCCGUGCCCUUCUCGGCGCCGCUCGAGGAGCUGAUGCGCGAGGCCGCCUACCCGGACGGCUGGGUCUGUCUGAUUGUGGAGCUGCUGUGACAAACCCCAAGAAUAGCGGAAGAGAGGGUGGCGAAGCCGUUGCGGGUUUUGGUCAAGGAUGUCCUGUCUAG